AUGGACGAAAAACCCAUCAUCUUCAACCCUCACAUGGCCCUCCCGAGGCGCUACCGCCGAGUAGCUGCUUUGCUGGUGAUAGCGUUUGUGUGUAUAGCGCUUCUGGUGCUCCAUACGCUUUUCAAGCCAAUUCCACAGAGCCACUUCACCAACGAUGCCUUUAGAAUGCACCAGCGCAGUACUUUCCAGCCCAGAACGCCUGCUACGGCUUUGUAUGACUAUAUCAAAAGACGCCUGGCUGCGUCGCAUAACCCUGACUUUGUCCAUCCGCUAGGAAACGCCGAAGGCAUCUACUUUCACUGGGACGACUGGGUCGACUUGCUGGCAGGCGACUCUGUUUUGCAUCGUUUCCGUGAACGCUAUCCGCUGGGGACGUGCAAUCGCCAUGUGGAUAGACUUGCGUCUGUGGACGCUUACUUUAUGGAAACUUACCAUACCAAGGUGCUUCGAAGCAUGGCGUACCUCUAUUGCAUCAAGGAUGUGCCCAGACGCGUUCUAGCUACCACCGACCAAGGCUAUAUCGAGGUUCCUGUGGUGGAAAAGAAACGUGUGGGUUCGGAAAACCUUCUGAGAGACGUGCCCAAGAACCAGCUUGUCCUGGCCAUGGAGGAGACGAAACAGUUGGACUUGCCUAUGGACGAGCCAUCGCUGCUUCUACGUGCUAUUCCUUAUAAACAAAUGCAGAAGAAUGUUGGCGUGAGCGCCAAGGACUUCAUUUUCGAGCCCGAGGUCGAGAUCUUUGCCCUUAAAGAGCGUCUUAACGAGAAUAGAAUCCUGGAUCUGGACUUGGAGUACUUGGAGUUUUUAGAGUUUGCCAAUGUCGCUGCCGAUACUCAGCCUUGUUUCUUUAAGUAUCCAUGGAUCUUUAGCGAUCUCGUGGCUCGCCGUUCCCACCACCUUUACUUCCCAUUCUUCAAACGGUACAUCUCCAACCGUGAACGCCAGAGCAUUUUGCAGCAUAUCAUUAGAGCAUGGUUCGAGUUUGCCGAAACUGAGAAUGUGGCUUCCUGGGUCAACUAUGGCUCCCUUUUAGGCUGGGCCUACAACGGCGUCAACAUGCCUUGGGACACAGAUAUCGAUGUCCAGCUCCCCAUUGUCCAGCUCGACCGUCUUUCCAGAAAAUACAACAACACCCUCAUUUUAGAGAACCCAAGAGACGGCAAUGCUGCUUAUUUAUUUGAGGUGUCCCCUACCUACGUGAAACAGGGUAAUAGCAAGAACUUCAUCGAUGCUCGUUUCAUCGACAUCAACCUGGGGCUUUACAUUGAUAUCAGUGCCUUGUCCCAUACAAACGACGUGCCUCCACCAGCAGUUUACGAGUCCAAUAACGAUAUGACCAAGCUUAAAACCAUGGCUGUGCAUUGUAAGCACUGGAACUGGCACCGUCUUGACGAGCUUCUCCCUCUCAGACAUACCUACUUCGAAGGCCUGCCAAUCUACAUUCCCAAGAAUGUGCUGUCGCUUUUGGGCAAGAAGUACGGUAAGACUUCCUACACCACCAAACUUACGUUCAAAGACCACGAAUACAGAAAGGAUCUCGCCAUGUGGGUUCCUAAAAAUGAGUGCAAGCCUCUGGAGAAGGAUUUUGACCCUUCACAGCCUCGUGAGUCCUGGUACAAGUCCUGCGGCAGGCUGUGGCUUCUUGAUGAGUAUAACAUGAUCACUCCUUACGUUCAGAGGCACGAAGAGCUCAAUUACAACGUUGACGAGUAUGUGGACUACGAUCCACUGGCAAUGGAGCAGCUUCCUCUUCUCCGCAAGGAUGCAUGGGAUUACUACGAUGAUAUCCUCAAGAAGAAGGUCGACAACGAAGAUUGGUACGCAGGGGAAAACUAA